CAAGGUACCGCAGAACAUGUCAUCCAUGGCUGCUUCUAAGAAUCUCUUUCUUGCGUCUCUCCUUCUAGCAAUCCUGCUUCGUGCCACGGCUCAGUGCCCGGAAGGCAAGCUCGACAUCGCCGUGGUGGAGACCGGCCGGACGGUGGCCGGAAAGAGGGAGUGGAAGGUGACCGUGACCAACAUUUGCUUCUGCACGCAAUCGAACUUGGUGCUGAACUGCCCCGACUUCUCCACCGCCGAGGCGAUCGACUAUGCCGUUUUCAGGCAGGUGGACCACGGCCACUGCCUCGUCAGGGGCGGAGAGCCCAUCCACGGCGAUGAAACCGUCACUUUCAAAUACGCAGCCGACCGCCAGACUCGCUUCUCCUACUCUUCUUCCACAAUCUCCUGCUCUUAGUCGGCCGGAGUCGGAUUCUGUCCUGGCCGGCCGUCGAGCAGCAAUUCGGUCGUUCGGAUUUCUGAUAAUAAUGUCGUCUUUUUGAGUCUCAGAUUUGAUUUGAGUUUUUGGUUAAUUUCUACCGAUGCAAU